AUGACCUUCCUGAGGCAGACAAGGCUGUUUGUGUUGAUGAGUACUGAAAAGUUGGAGUGUGAAAAGACCUUGAAGACGUACCAUAAUUCCCCAGCUUAUACCGCGUAUAAUGCCGCGAUAAAUAAAGCUGUAGUAGGCAAUCUGGAAGAAGAGAGUUCCAGUAAAAAGGGAGGUAUACCAAAAAAUAGUUUGAAUGAGUCGGAGGGGUUGAACACUUACCUACCUCACUGUACAAAAGACUUGACUGUUGCAUUAGAACCUGAUAACGAUAUCAUUGAGAAGAAUUCGUGCUUGUCACCCGCACGCAAUGAUACUGCGUCUAUCCCGCUCACAUGCGAACUGAUAAGCAGCGAGGACGUCAUCAACCCGGUAUCGUCACAUAGGCAAUCUCAGGCGCGGUCUAGCACACUGGCGUUGAGCGGGAGCGAUAAAAACCAUAGAAAUCGUUACUAA